GAGGCUCAUGAUUCCAAAUUCCUGGGCUCCAUGGAGAAAGAGUGGACACAGUCGAAAGGGCAACGAUCCCCAGUACUCUCUUGGAAAAAUUAUGACCAAGGAUUUCAUCAAGAUUCACGUGCAGAAAGCUGUGGGUGAGUUCCCUGGUGCGGUCACCGUUAUUGUUGCGGCUAGGGACGUGACCGUGGACGGGCUGUGCAUGGGGAAGUGUGCAGAGCAUGGAGUUAUUGACGGGUCGCCGUACGUGAUCAUUGGGAACCCUAUGACCGAGUGCCCAGGAGCAUGUGCAUGGCCUUUCUACAAGGCUGACUACGGCCCAGGCGGCGCUGUUCUGAAGCCACCCAGCGGGGACAUCGCGACCGACGCCAUGGUGAUAUCACUGGCCUCGGGGAUGGCCUCGGUGGUAACCAACCCCUUCAGCACUGGGUUCUUCCAGCUGGGGCAGAAGGCGAGCGUGAUUGAAGCCUCCACCGCGUGCCCUGGGAUGUUCGGCAGUGGAGCCGCCCCUGGGUACACUGGGAAGGUGUUAGUUGACCCCCUGAACGGAGGCGCUUACAAUGUGGUUGGGUUAAGGGGCAAGAAGUUCCUUCUUCCUGCUCUUUGGAACCCCAAGACGGCGUCGUGCUGGACAGUCAUGUGAACCCCCUCAUUCACUCCCUCCAUCCAUCCCCCACACAUUAAAUUCCCAUUCUUUUUUCCGUCCUCUUAACAAAUCCUCAAAUAAAAACUAUUCAUUUCUUUGUUU